AUGUGCAUCGGAUCGUUCUUCGAGACGCGCGGCCUCGCGCCGCUGUCGUCGACGGACGCGGACGGCGUCGCCUCCUUCCGCGGUUUCCCCGCGAAGCGAGGGUCUCGCUCCCCGAGCGUCGCCGACGACUACCUCUCCUCGGGCGCGGACGCGACGACGCGAAUGUCGCGGAAGUCGACCAAGCGCCUCCGCGGCGACGACGCCGACGACGCGGACGCGCCCACGUCCGCGCUGCGCGUGGCAAACCUCAGCCGCUACGUCACCGAGCCGGACGUGAAGAAGCUCUUCGCGCUCUUUUCCCCGAACGAAGGCGGCGUUCGACGCGUGACGAUGCCGCGCGAGGACGAUCUCGUGGACGGCGCGCACCGCGGGUUCGCGGUCGUCGAGCUCGAGAACGAGGCCGCGGCGAGGAGCGCGACGCAGAUGGACGGGCUUCUCAUCGCGGACAAGUACGCUCGCGCGAUCUUCCGGCGGCGGCGACGCGGAGCGAGAGCUCUCGUCCUCCUCGUUUUCUUCGAGGUUUUUUUUUUUUUUUCGAACCCUGAACUGACCGGACGCCUCCCGUCUCCUCCUCCCUCCAGGCACAUCAAAGUAUGCCGCUUCCCGCUCCCCAGCGACGCCGACGCCGCGCUCCUCGGCGACGACACCCCGAAGCGAUUGCUGGCGUCCACGGAGACGGCCACGUCGACGGCUUCCGCGCGCCGCGGCGCCGCGAACGCGGCGACGUGCGACCGCGCCGCCGCCGCGUCGCGGUCGCUCGCGCGGCGCGUCCCUGCGCCGCCGCCGCCGCCGCCGCCGCCGCCGAAAGCCGAGGCCCCCGACGCCGGCUCCCCGACGCCGCCGAAGCCGAAGCCGAAUCCGAAGCCGCGGCCGGUCGAGCGCGACGACGGCGCGAAGCGCGUGUGGGUCGGAAACGUCCGCCCCGACGCCACCGCGCAAGAACUCUCCGCGUUGUUUUCAUCCUUCGGACCGAUCGCGCGGUGCGAGCUGUCGUCGGACGCCUCGCCGACGGACGCGUCGCGCGACGGCGACGGCGCGCGGGCGGGUUGUCGCGCGCGCCGCCGCCCGGCGAUCGUGAAGAGCGGACAGCACGCGGGGCACGGCGCGGUGUACUUUCGAGACGCGUCCGCCGCCGCCGCCGCGGUCGCCGCAGCCGCCGACGGCGCGCUGCGACUCGACGGCGCGUCGCUCGAGGCGUGGCUCUUCCGCGACGGCGACGCGGACGCGCCGCACAGCUCCGACGCCGCGCGCGCUGCCGCGUCGACAUCGAAAUCGCGCGGCAGCAGCGGCGCCGCCGGCGUCGCGAGCGUGCACGACGUCGCGCGCGCGGCGAUGAACGCGAUGAUCGUCCCGGGGAAGAGCUCCGCGCUCGCCGCGCUCGCGGCGGCGAUGUGA